AUGGUCGUCAUUUGCGAGGACAUUCCAAUGGCUGUUGCUAGGAGUGCAGCGACUCGGAUGAGUGAUGAGAUGCGGUUGGGAGGUAGCCCCGUGCGCCGGUCAUCUUUUGUUCUUGUUGGAGAGGCACAAGAUCCGAUUCAAGAACUCGUAGCAGAAUCUACCAAGCCCGCUUGCACGCCUCCGCCCAUCGACACCAUUCAACUUCUCAUCGACUUGAACGAUGCACUGUUGGCGUACGGCACGCCCACCCAUCGCAUGGAAGCCCUCGUCGACGCCCUUGGAGAAAGCCUUCACAUACCUGUUAAAGUGUACUACCUCCCAACGUACACCCUCCUCCAUUUCCUGGGUCCGCUACCACCCGGAAAGAGAGAGCAGCACAUUGUGAAGACACGGGGUGGAUGGGAUUUUGACAAGCUCCAAGUUCUCCAUGCCCUAUGCAAGGAUCUUAUUCGAGGAAGAACGAAUCCUGCUGGAGCCAAAAAGAAACUACAAGAUAUUCGAAACAUGAGGGAUGCGUGGAGUGAGUUGUGGAUCGUCGCUGGGUACCCUGUGUCGGCUGCAACGAGUGCCAUCAUGUUUUUCAAUGGGAACGGGUGGGAUGCGCUUGCGAGUGGGUUGUUGGCGUCUAUACCAGGUGGGAUGAGGUUGAUUGCGAAUCGAUUUCCAUCGCUGUGGUGGACAUACGAAAUCAUAUGCUGUGCCCUCAUCAGCGUCAUCGCAGCCUCCAUUUCAUCAACACGAUGCUACCCUUCCCUGCUACUCUCCUCAGUCGUGACCUUACUUCCAGGGUACACUGUCACAGCCUCCGUGGUCGAAAUCCUGACCAAGAACGUCAUAUCGGGUGCAGUGCGUUUGUGCUAUACGGUAGUGUACUUGGCGGCUAUGGCAUACGGUUUGACACUUGCGCCCUUAUUCUAUAAUGUGGCGGUUGGGAAUGGGUUCCUGCGACGACCGCCAGGAGUGGAAAAUGCAUGUACGGCGGAACAGACGAUUGCAGUCAGUCAUUUAUGGUUGAUUUUAUGUGUGCCGCUUUAUAUUGCUUCCUACAAUAUUUACCUCAAGUCUCCUCUUCGACAAUGGCCCGUUAUGACCCUCAUCGGCGCCCUCGGAUACGGCAUUUCCUACCUCAGCAAACGCAUCUGGCACGCUCCUCCCGAGAUCAAUGCGUUCACUUCUGCCCUCGGUAUCGGGCUAGCUUCCAACAUCUACGCUCGUGCCACCGAUGACCUCUCCUUUCAUGCUAUUACGGCGGGCGUGUUCAUACAAGUUCCUGGAAGUUGGGGGUUGCGAGGUAUGCUUGCCCUUGCGUAUCAGGAGUACGACCGAUCACUCUAUUGGAAUUAUUCAAUGCUUGUCAUUUGUGUGGGAAUUGGAGGGGCUCUACUCAUGAGCAACUAUAUGGUCUGGGGAUUUCGAUUGAAGAAUCGACGUGUUCCUUUGACAGACUUUUAG